AUGAGGACUCCCCGGGCGCCCCUGGCCUCCUCUCUCCCCAUUGCCAUCUGUCUCCUGCUCCUUCCCGGAGGUCUCUGUGGGGAAAUCAUUGGAGGAAAGGAAGUGACUCCUCACUCAAGACCAUACAUGGUGCUGCUUAAGGGCAACGACAUCUGUGCCGGGGCUUUGAUUGCCGAAAACUGGGUGUUGACAGCCGCUCACUGUAAACUGAAUAAAAGGGCUGAGGUCAUUCUUGGGGCUCACUCACUAUCCAAGAAUGAGCCACAGAAACAGAAAAUGCGCGUGGAGAAGCUGUUUUCCUACCCAUGCUAUGACCAGGAAACUCACGAGGGUGACCUUCGUCUUCUAAAGCUGGAUAGGAAAGCAAGAAUUAAUAAAAACGUGGCUAUCCUUCAUCUCCCCAAAUCGGGGCAAGAUGUGAAACCAGGAACCAUGUGCCAAGUUGCAGGAUGGGGGUUGGUUAACAAUAAGUCUGGAACCCCAUCCGAGACUCUGAGAGAAGUCAAUGUCACCGUCAUAGACAGAAAAACCUGCAAUGACCCACAGCACUAUAAUUAUGAUCCUGUGAUUGGGCUGAAUAUGGUUUGUGCUGGGGACCGCAAAGGUGGAAAGGACUCGUGCACAGGAGACUCGGGAAGCCCCCUGAUAUGUGAAGGCACCUUCAGAGGUGUCACGUCCUUCGGCCUUGAGGGCAAGUGUGGAGACCCCCAGGGCCCUGGCAUCUACAUGCUGCUCACAAAGAAGUACCUCAACUGGAUCAUCAAGACCAUGAAGGAGGAGGUGUAG